GCGCAAACUUUUCCUGGGCCCGCGGGGAGGCAGGUGCGGUCACGUGGGCGGGGCGGCCGCGCGGACCCCGCCCCUGCGCCCUAGUCCGGCCGCGUCGGCGGGAGCGGGCGGAGCUGAGCCGGGCGCGCGGCGCGGAGCGGGGCGCGGAGUGGCCGGAGCGCCGGGUGCGCCAUGCCCACCAACUUCACCGUGGUGCCCGUGGAGGCGCGGGCGGACGGCGGCCAGGAUGAGGCGGCCGAGCAGACCGAGGCGCCGGGCCCCCCCGAGGGCGCCGAGCCCGACUGCUCCAACCCGGGAGAUGGUGGCCCCAGGGAGGACAGCCCGUUCAUCGGCGGCGCGGAGGCGGACGGAGGGAGCGUGUUGGAAGGAAGAAGCAUGGCUCUCUUUGAGGAGGAAAUGGACAGCAACCCCAUGGUGUCCUCGCUGCUCAACAAGCUGGCCAAUUACACCAACCUGAGCCAGGGCGUCGUGGAGCACGAGGAGGACGAGGACAGCCGGAGGCGGGAAGUCAAGAACCCCCGCAUGGGCACCUUCAUCGGCGUCUACCUGCCCUGCCUGCAGAACAUCCUGGGCGUGAUCCUCUUCCUGCGCCUGACGUGGAUCGUGGGGGCGGCCGGCGUCCUGGAGUCCUUCCUCAUCGUGUCCAUGUGCUGCACCUGCACCAUGCUGACCGCCAUCUCCAUGAGCGCCAUCGCCACCAACGGCGUGGUCCCAGCUGGCGGCUCCUAUUACAUGAUAUCGCGGUCCCUGGGGCCCGAGUUCGGAGGGGCUGUGGGUCUCUGCUUCUACCUGGGCACCACCUUUGCGGGGUCCAUGUACAUUCUGGGGACCAUUGAGAUUUUUUUGGUGACGUUGGGGCCUUCUGAGUCGGGCUCGAGUGGCGUGGAUGGCUGUGGAACCGCGAGGCCAGUGGGCCUGAGCUCAGGGGCACGGCCCUGCCACGCGGACCUUGGGGUCCCCGAACCGGAAACUGAAGUGACCUACAUCUCGCCCAGCGCGGCCAUCGUCCAGGCCGAGGCCGCGGGUGGCGAGGCCGCGGCCAUGCUGCACAACAUGCGCGUGUACGGGACGGGCACGCUGCUGCUCAUGGCCCUGGUGGUCUUCGUGGGCGUCAAGUACGUCAACAAGCUGGCGCUGGUCUUCCUGGCCUGCGUCGUCCUGUCCAUCCUCGCCAUCUACGCCGGCGUCGUCAAGACGGCCUUCCACCCGCCCGACGUCCCGGUCUGUCUGCUGGGGAACCGCACGCUGUCCCGACGCGGCUUCGAUGUCUGCGCCAAAGUCCACGCCGCCAGCAAUGGCUCGACCCCCACUGCCCUCUGGGGCCUCUUCUGCAACAGCUCCGCAGCCAGCUCCUCCUGUGACCCGUAUUUUGUGCAGAACAACGUCACGGAGGUCCAGGGCAUUCCCGGCGUGGCCAGCGGCGUCCUCCUGGAUAACCUGUGGAGUGCCUACGCGGACAAGGGGGCGUUCGUGGAGAAGAAGGGCGUGGCCUCGGUGCCCGCACCGGACGAGAGCGGAGCCGGCGGGCUGCCCUACGUGCUCGCCGACAUCAUGACCUACUUCACCAUGCUGGUUGGCAUCUACUUUCCCUCCGUGACCGGCAUCAUGGCAGGCUCGAACCGGUCCGGGGACCUCAGGGACGCCCAGAAGUCCAUCCCCACGGGCACCAUCCUGGCCAUCGCGACCACGUCUUUCAUCUACCUCUCCUGCAUCGUGCUUUUCGGGGCCUGCAUCGAGGGUGUGGUCUUACGAGAUAAGUUUGGGGAGGCCCUGCAGGGGAACCUUGUCAUCGGCAUGCUGGCCUGGCCGUCCCCCUGGGUCAUUGUCAUCGGCUCCUUCUUCUCCACCUGCGGGGCCGGCCUGCAGAGCCUGACGGGGGCCCCGCGCCUGCUGCAGGCCAUCGCGCGGGACGGCAUCAUUCCCUUCCUCCAGGUGUUCGGCCACGGGAAGGCCAACGGGGAGCCCACCUGGGCCCUGCUGCUCACGGCCCUCAUCUGCGAGACCGGCAUCCUCAUCGCCUCCCUGGACAGCGUGGCCCCCAUCCUCUCCAUGUUUUUCCUCAUGUGCUACAUGUUCGUGAACCUGGCCUGUGCUCUGCAGACCCUGCUGCGCACGCCCAACUGGCGCCCUCGCUUCAAGUAUUACCACUGGACCCUCUCCUUCUUGGGCAUGAGCCUGUGCUUCGCCCUGAUGUUCGUGUGCUCCUGGUACUACGCCCUCUUCGCCAUGCUCGUGGCCGGCUGCAUCUACAAGUACAUCGAGUACCGCGGGGCCGAGAAGGAGUGGGGCGACGGCAUCCGGGGGCUGUCGCUGAACGCCGCCCACUACGCCCUGCUGCGCGUGGAGCAUGGCACCCCCCACACCAAGAACUGGAGGCCGCAGGUGCUGGUGUUGCUGAACCUGGACGCCGAGUGGCGCGCGAAGCACCCCCGCCUGCUGUCGCUCACCUCGCAGCUCAAGGCCGGCAAGGGCCUGACCAUCGUGGGCUCCGUGCUGGAGGGGACCUUCCUGGACCAACACGCAGAGGCCCAGCAGGCCGAGGAGAACAUCCGGGCCCUGAUGGCGGCCGAGAAGACCAAGGGCUUCUGCCAGCUGGUGGUGUCCCCCAGCCUGCGCGACGGCGUGUCCCACCUGAUCCAGUCGGCCGGCCUGGGGGCCAUGCGGCACAACACGGUGCUCAUGGCCUGGCCCGCAGCCUGGAAGCAGGGGGACAACCCCUUCUCCUGGAAGAACUUUGUUGACACCGUGCGCGACACCACGGCGGCGCAUCAGGCCCUGCUGGUGGCCAAGAACGUGGAUCUGUUUCCGCAAAACCAGGAGCGCUUCAGCGACGGGCACAUCGACGUGUGGUGGAUCGUGCACGACGGGGGGCUGCUCAUGCUGCUGCCCUUCCUGCUGCGGCAGCACAAGGUGUGGAGGCGCUGCCGCAUGCGCAUCUUCACGGUGGCCCAGGUGGACGACAACAGCAUCCAGAUGAAGAAGGACCUGCAGACGUUUCUGUACCACCUCCGGAUCAGCGCCGAGGUGGAGGUGGUGGAGAUGGUUGAAAACGACAUCUCCGCGUUCACCUACGAGAAGACGCUGAUGAUGGAGCAGAGGUCCCAGAUGCUGAAGCAGAUGCAGCUGUCCCGGACAGAGCGCGAGAGGGAGGCUCAGCUGAUCCACGACAGGAACACAGCGUCCCACUCCGCGGGGGCCGCCAGGACCCAGGCCCCGCCCACGCCAGACAAGGUGCAGAUGACCUGGACUAAGGAGAAGCUGGUCGCCGAGAAGCAUCGAAGCAAGGACGCCAGCGUGUCCGGGUUCAAGGACCUCUUCAGCCUGAAGCCACAGUGGGGACACCUGAACCAGUCCAACGUGAGGAGGAUGCACACGGCCGUCAAGCUCAACGGCGUCAUCCUCGACAAGUCCCAGGACGCCCAGCUGGUCCUGCUGAACAUGCCCGGGCCCCCCAGAAACCGCCAGGGGGACGAGAACUACAUGGAGUUCCUGGAGGUCCUGACCGAGGGGCUGAACAGGGUCCUCCUGGUCAGAGGCAGCGGCCGCGAGGUGGUCACCAUCUACUCCUAGCGCUCAGCCGCUCCAGGCCACGCCCGGCACGGGGACGGAGCUGCGCACACCCUGACCCGUGCGUGGCGGCGUGUCGAAGUUUCUAGAAUACUGCCUGGGGCUCCCCUGUCCAGGCCGUGAGCUGCGAGCCCGAGGAGGGCGUGGCCCCAGCCGCGACCUGGGCCCCGGCCCUCCUGGAGGCAGAGCAGAACGGGACGCCCUUGGAUUCUGGACUCGUCUUUCCGGCUGGACCCUCCGUUGUGCAGUUACACUCACUCAGACACCCCCCUGUCCCCGCGGCCCCUCUCUGGCCGAGGGCUCGCUGCAGGCCCUGCCCUGUCCACGCCGGGUGUCUGAGAUGAAGACAGGAGCCGUCCACACGGCACCAGCUCCAGCCUGGGGUGGUGUCUGCCCUCGGGUGCCUCCCGCUGGGCUUCGUGCUCCAGGAGUGGCGGGCGACAGCGGGAAGGCCUUCAGGACAGGGCCUGCCACACAGCUCAGUCUCACAUGCACCUGUUCCCGCGACCUUCAUGCUCAGAAAAGUGGGUGAGGCCGUAGCCGUGGGAGGCCCUGCAGUGGCCACGACGCCCGCUGGUCAGCAGGGCCUCUGUGUCGCCUCCCGCCAGCACUGGCGGCUGGUCUCAGCCACAUUCAGGGCACCGGCAGGUGGUCUUGGCCAUGUUCGGGGCACUGGUGGCUGAUCCCGGCCACACUGAGGGCACUGAGAUGAUACCUUCUGAGGAUCCUGCACUUGGCAUACCUGGCACACUUGGCACGUCUGCCGCGUGUCAUUGCAGUACCUUGUGCCUCACUUUCUGUUUGGCUUAUUUAUUUAUUUAAGCAUCUGGGGGGGGGUGUUCAGUGAUGGAAGUUGUCCCUGAGGAGAUUGCUUCCGUGAAAGAGACCCCAAACAGCUGGCCCCGACAUCUCUGGCUUCCAUGGGCUCCUCAGAGAAUCAGCCUGGCACAUGCGUCUGGGGUUGGGCAGGAGCCAUGGGGCUGGGUCACCAUCAGGGUGGCCGCAGCCAGUGUGCCAAACGCCGGGCUCAGGGGUGUGUGGGGGUUUCAGUUCAGCACUGAGUUUGGCAGCGGAUCCACCUCGCUCUCACUGGGUGCCCCUCCCGGAUCUGGGCGGGGCCGCCCAGCCCGGGUCCCUGUGCAGCGGCUGGCAAGCAGCCUGUGGGGACCAGGAUCAUCUGCCACAUCCUGUGACCCCAGCUCGCCGCCCACCUCCUGCCGCGUCUGCACCCUUCCACGCGUCACCCGUGUAAUCGCAGCGGCAGCCGUUUGCUGUUGCCUUCACGUUUUCCUUUUAUAGGGUGUUUGUAUAAUUUUGUCAGUAGGAAAAUAAAAUUAUGUAGAGCCCGAGUA